AUGAAAACAUUGCAAACUUUCCAAAUAACUCUCCUGGGACUUGCACUAAAUUGUUCAAUUCGCCUCGUAAGUCGGUUAAUAGACAAGAUCUCUACCGUCCUCAAACCGGUCGAUACGGCUAAUUAUAAAGCUAAAGCGAGUAUUACCCCGAAAUCUGAGAAUACAAGUCAAAAUAUAAGCCCCAAAGCUGAUCAAGUUAAUAAUUCUCCGCAGUGUACUAAUAAUCAACACAGUCUCGAGAGUAAUCAACAGAGUCACGCGAGCGAUGUUAAACCGGAUUUGUCAGUUAUUCAUGAAAAAUCUGACGAAGAGGAGCUGUAUUCUGAUUCCGACUAUGAGCCGGUCAGUGACUUUGAUCCAAGAACAAAUUCUUUUGGCCUUUCUCCUAAAAAACUGUCCUUUUCAAACGGAUAUUUGUCUGACGCCAUCGAUGCCGAAUUCAUGAAUUCAAACGGCACAUGCAGAUUAUGCCAUGAUUCUAUUCCCUCCUACCUCGCCCAACUUCACGUAAUUGAAUGUCCGAAGUCUGAUCUUGAUCCAGUUGAAGAAUUUUAUAAAACGUGUGCUACGGAUCCCCAGACCAACAAGGAAAAAAUUCAAAAUUAUGUCAAAGAUCACCUACAGUACAAAUUUAACGAUGACCAAAUUCCCAAUGACACUUUCAAGAAUUGCGAACAAUUUUAUAACUUUUGUAGUAUCAUUGAUGAGUUAGAGCAAUCUCAAACCCGCAGAUUCUUUGAGAAAUGCGGUACACCACCUUCUAGAGUAAUAAAUAUUCUUAGCUAUGAACAUCUAGCAUAA